GUGGGGAGUGGAAUGAGAUGCCCUUUGCAAACUGGCGUUCUGAGAGCAGCAACAGCGGCUGUUCGCGCUGGGCCUGCCCGGUCUAGCUCUACUUUCACUUUCCAGCCACGCUGGCAAGGCUCAGGGCAGGACAGAAAGCCAGUAAGGGAUGUGGGCUGGGGGCGAUGCCCUGGAGGUUAACUGACGCCCCGGGAAAUCCUCUUCAUAAGGCAAAGAGGGAGUCGCAGGCAGCAGCACCGGAGUGAGUGAGAGCGGCAACGGCGUCUCCUGCUGCACGCGCCUGCUCUCCAGGUUCGCACCACAGGAGUGGGGGAGGCCCAGCCAGGUGCCAUCCUUCCUAAGGACAUGACUCAGAUCCCAGGACCUUCUGCUCCUCCCCUCUAUGUCAUUUCUGACUACAAAGACACAACAGCUCGAGAUGGUGAAGGAAAAUAUUUCCCUUCUCCACCUGACAUGGUGUCUGGACAUGUAGGUGAACCGCAGCCAGCUCUGAUGGAUUGGAAUGCAAUGGCCAUUUCAAAAGAUAUAGCCAAAGAAGCAUUUCUCCAGUAUGCUGCAAACAACUGCUGCUACAGUAAGGUCCCAGCCAGGGAGAUGGAGAUUCGUGAGGCACAAUCAUUCAAUACUUACAGAUAUUUUUUGGAGACCUUCACUGAAUCAAGAUCCUGUAAAUGGAAAACAGAGCCUUAUAAAGGUGAUCCUGUAGAUUCCAGUCCCGAUGGCAGAGCUCCUUAUCCUUGGGCUGUGACAGUAGAAGUUUCUGACAUGUUUGAAAAGGAGACCAGGAAGAUCAUAGUACCUCGCACCAUGUCAGUAAAGGAAUGUCCGAACUGCAGAGGUCGGGGUAAAACGACAUGCGUUUUCUGUCACGGAGUUGGGAUAGACUGUUCUCAUUGUUUUGGUCGGGGGCACGUAACGUGUAGCAAGUGUGGGGGGAAACGAAAAUUGCUGACCUUCCUUCAGAUGAAAGUUAAAUGGGAGAACAACAUUUUUGAACAUGUGAUGGAUCAUGGAUUUGGAUUUCCUAUUAAACUCUUCAAAACAGUUAAUGGACAAAUAAUGUUACUUGAUGAUCAGCCUAAGGUAUCUCCAGUGGUAGGUUUCCCUGAAAGAACCAUAAAUCAAGUAUCCCGGGAUGCGGUUGAACAACACCAAGCUCAGUUUUCAUCUGUAACUUGCAUCCCAGGGCAGGUAUAUCCAGGACAUGAUUUCCCUGGUAGUGCCACCUGGAAUGUUGCUGAAAAACCUGAAUUUCCAUCCAUCAGCUGGAUGCUGAGGCAGAGACAAACAGUUGAACUGAUAUAUCUUACUAGGGUGGAAUAUGAAUGGCAUGGGAAAUUCUACUCCUUUUACGUUUAUGGAAAUGAGCACAAGGUGUACGCAGCGGAUUAUCCUAAGAAGUGUUGCUGCACUAUCCUGUGAUUUAUGGACCAUUCCAACCACCGUCUCUUGAUUAGAGCUUUUUGAUUAUUGUUGUCCCCCCCGCUGACUCAAUUGCUUAUAAGAACUGUGCAGGUUGAUGUCCCUUUUUUAAAAGGACAUAAAGCUUUAUUGUAUUUGCCAAUCAGGUAAUAAAAUUCCAGGUUUGCAGACUGAAAAUGUGCUGUAACAAUGUACACCUGAGACACUGAUUACUAAUGCACUAUUUAACAUGUAAAAUAACAACUUUAAAAGUUUAACAAGUAGGACCAGCAAAAAAUUAUUUGCAGUUGUAUCCUUACCUCCUAACAGGAGUGCUCCUGCUUUUGGUAAUAGCCAGAUAUACUGUAAGUUGUAGGGAACUCAAGGAGGGCAUCCCUGUGCCCCCUGACUUGUUUUUCUUUUCCAACUGAGACUCAGGGCUCAUCUACACCAAGCAGGAUAUUCCACUAUGAAAGUGGUAUGAAAGCGGUAUACAAAAGGCAGGAGCCACACUACUGUUUUAUUGAAGUGCACUGACAACUAUUGGGGCCCAUUGACAUAUACCGCUUUCAUACCGCUUUCAUUGUGUUAUAUCCUGCUUGGUGUAGAUGUGUCAUGGGCCCCAACAGUUGCCAGUGCACUUCAAUACCACUGUAAAGCAGUAUAUUCCCUUUCUGUGGAACUCCCUGCCGCUGGAGGACAGGCAGGUACCAACAUUGUGUUCUUUUUGGCACCUGCUGAAGAAUCUUUAUUUCCAGAAGCCUUCCCAGAUUGACCACCUGCAGUUGGUUUCAAUAUGUUUUCUUUAAUCUUUAUAUGUUUUAAUAUGAUAUUUUAUCCUUUCUGUUUUUAUUGUUCACU